AUGUCAUUCGACUCGCAAUCUCCGCCCUUAAACACCUCGGAUCCGUAUGCACGAUUCCUAGGCGCAUCAUGCCUCGAUUUACUCCUGAUAGAAAUUGUGCCCAUGGCCGAACGAUUAGCAGAACAAUUCACAUUGACAGAAGGCAAAGAAAAGGCCGAAGAGGAUGAAUUACGAGAAGCGACGUUUUAUCGCUUGGAGUCGCUAGGUUAUCGCGUGGGACAGGGACUUGCUGAGAGGUUUUCACGAGAUCGACCGCGUUUCGCCGAUAAUCUGGAUGUGAUCAAAUUUAUUUGCAAGGAUCUUUGGACGAUUCUGUUUAGGAAACAGAUUGACAAUCUCAAGACAAAUCAUAGGGGUGUCUACGUUUUAACCGAUAGUGCGUUUCGACCGUUAUCAAGGAUGAGCAUGGCAGUCAGAAGUGAGGCGGUGGUUGGGGCAGAAGCAUUUCUUUGGUUCCCCUGUGGACUCAUUAGAGGAUGCCUGGCGAAUUUGGGCAUCAAUGCUACAGUCCAUGCAGAGACAUCGGAACUUCCGGGCGCUACGUUUCAGAUAAAGACUACACAAGCAAAGACAUGA